CGGGAACAGAGAAUGGCGUGCCAGUGGACCGACAAGCGGCCGGCCAGAGAGCCUGUAGAUGUGAGUGAUGCCCUGUCUGACAGCCUGAUGCGAAGGAGGACCACGAGCUCAGCGGAAGGGGAUACUUUUGAUGACAUCCCGGCAUCGCCAGGACCCAGCUCGGAUGUCAGCUGCAGUUCAAUGACGCUUCCCAUUGCUGCCGUCGGGCUGCAGCCCUUCCCCGAGAGCGGUGUGCCGGGCCCCAUCAGCUGCAUCCCGCUGCAGCAUCUCGCUGGCGGCCUUCCUGGAGGGGCGCAGUACAUCCUGCUGCAGCCUGUGGCCUUCAACCCCGAGACGGCCCACCAGAUGUCACAGUCCGUCUCACUCUCCAAUCUGAGCGUCUCUGCCUCCGUCGAUUCCGGGUAUGAUGCUUGCUUUGACGGCGGCGAGUCAAACGAGCUCGAAGACCUCAUUGACCUAUCAUCGCCUGGAGAUGAUUCCACUCUGACGCCAGCCCCUCGCGAGCCGCCUCCCCCUGCGGCCGAUGAUCAGUUUGUUGAGUUUGCAGCUAGUGCAUUGGGGGUCAGCCUUGAGCAGCUGCAAAACAGUCCCUGCUGGAGGCAGAUGGAGCUGCAAGACAUGUACGCCCAGGCGCUGAAGGAGGGACGGCUGGGGAAGCAACAGACCAACAAAAACAGCAAAGCCCGCCCUGUGGUGAAUCGGCUGCCUCUCGAGACACUGGCGCGCCCCCCCAGGCUGACGAGCAGGGCCGCUUAUCAGGGCGUGAGACCGUUCGCCGCCUGAGCGCAAUCGAGAGUGAAGGCAGCCUGGUGUUCUCUCUCACUUCGGGCAGCAGUGACCCGGACACUCGCUCGGACUCCCCAGCUACAAGGUCGCCACGAG